CGCACCUUCAUUUGUACAGGUGUGAAAAUCAGAACCAUGUCGGAACGGUGUCCACGAUGCACAAAGCCUGUUAACUUUGCAGAGCAAGUUCUUGCAUUUGGCAAAACAUACCACAAGCUAUGUCUAAAGUGUGGUGAGUGUAACCAGAUGCUGGAUAGCCUGUCCUGUUCCGACCAUGAGGGUGAGGUGUUCUGUAAGGCCUGCUAUGGAAAUAAGUUUGGACCCAAGGGUUUUGGGUUAGCUGGUGGAGCUUCUGGUGUCUCCAUGGAUACUGACAAGGCUUUCGAGGUGUCCAGAGAGAAUGUUUCAAGCUGCCGGGAGGCACAGGCAGCCUUGACCCUGGCACCCAAUGAGAGUAGGGGAAAGUGGGGUGGGGGUGACUCCUGUCCCCGUUGCAACAAAACCGUUUACAUUGCCGAAGCUGCCGCGCUCAGGGUUGUUGGCAAAAUGUGGCACAAGAUGUGUCUAUCAUGUGCAAAUUGCAACAAGAUGCUGGACAGCCUGUCCUGUUCCGACCAUGAGGGUGAGGUGUUCUGUAAGGCCUGCUAUGGAAAGAAGUUUGUACCCAAGGGCUAUGGAUUUGCUGGUGGAGCUUCUGGGCUCUCCAUGGAUACUGGCAAGGCUUUUCAAGUGACCAGAGAGGAUACAUCAUCGUACAGCCAGGCCCUGGCUAUUUCUCUGUUAACCAAUAAAGGAUGGACAAUUUCGGUGGAGAAGGAAAGCAUAGUUUUUAGCAAGCAAAAAAAGGAUGCCCAGAAGCCAACUCCCAUGGGACAGGGGAUAAGUAUAAUGAAGCCAAAGUUUCCCAAGUAUGCGCGUUUAUCAGAGAGACAAGAGUCCUUUAAUAAGGCAUCCUCCCCCUGGCCACAAGAUGCCCCUGUUGGUGUGGAGAAGUUAGUUGAGGCAGGGCUCAUGUACACAGGUGUUGGGGACAGCGUUCGUUGUUAUCAUUGCGGAGGUACGCUCCGAAACUGGGAAGCGGGAGAUGACCCGAUGGAAGAACACGCCAAGUGGUACCCGACCUGCCAACAAGUUCUCAUUGCCAAGUCUAAAACGUACAUCAAGAAGGUGAAAGCUGGUGAAAGUCAGAAAGCUGAUGAAGUGAUUGAAAGGAAAGAGCCAGAGAUGAAGACAGAAGAUCCAUUGACUGUUUCUUUACAAACCUUAGCAGAGUUUAAGUAUUCUGAAAGUAAAGCCAAAAUCGCCCUAAACAUCUUCAAGAAGAGAAAUGGUCCUAAUGCUCAAUACAAAGCGGGAGAUCUUGUAUCUAUUUUAAUGGAGAUUGAAGAUGAUCCAGAUGUAAUGAAUGAAUGCAAUGACAACAGUGAUCCCACUGCAAGCCAGGUGGAGCCCACUACUCAAGAUGCAGAAGAUAUUGAUGACAUUGAAGCCCUGGAAGAGGAGAACAAGAAGAUGAAGGAGGCAAUAUCAUGCAAGACCUGUAAGGACAGGGAAGUUGACACAGUUUUCAGGUUCUGUGGUCACAGGGUUGUAUGCUGGGACUGUGCAUCACUUUUGGAGACUUGCAAUAUUUGUGGGGAUAAACUGGAGGACAAGAUCAACAUUGAUCAGAAGCCUUAAACUAAUAAUGCCCCCCUUCGAAGAAGAGGGGUAUAUUGCUUUGCACAUGUCGGUCGGUAGGUAGGUCGGUUGGUCUGUCAGUAGACCAAAGCUUGUCCGAGUGAUAACUCAACAAAUUGUCCGAUUGGUAAUUUGACAAUGCCUGCAUCCAUGGCCCUCAAUCUUGACUUGGAGGUUGGGUUUGACCAGUAGAUGAAGCCUAUUGAUUUUAGGGUUCAUCGGGCAAAGGGUCACAUUGACCUUGAAUGAUAAAAAAGUUGUCUGACUGAUAAUUCAACAAUGCCUGCACCCAUGGCCCUCAAACUUGUCUUGUAGGUUUGGCCUGACCAGUUGAUGGCCCCUAUUUAAUUUUGGGGGUCAUCAGGUCAAAGGUCAAGGUCACAGUGACCUUGAAGUCAAACUCGACAAUUCCUGGACCUAUGGUCAUCAAACUUGACAUGAAGGUUGGGCCUGAUCAGUAGAUGACCCCUUUUGAUUUUGGGUUUCAUCGGGUCAAAGGUCAAGGACACAAUCACCUUUAACAUGAAAAAGUUUAUAAAGCUUUAAUAACAAGGGAAUAGAUUUUAAGUUUUAUUAAGUCUUCAACAUAGUCACUUCUAAGGUAAUUAUUGUUCUUUUUUUAGGUUCAUAGAUUCAAAUAAUAUUAUACACUUUAUUCUUCAGAAGAAAUUUCAUUUAUACUUAAAGAUAAAUCUAAUAAUCAGACUUUUCCAUUGAACUUCAUGUAGACUAUUGUAAACUUCAUGUACAUUCUAAGCUACAAUCUUAUCUUCUGUGUGGAUAGUGAAUAAGCCUUAAUUUAUAUAAAGAGAUAUUUGAUUUUGAACAUAUGAUUGAAGGUGAUGUUGACCUAGAUGGAAGAAUAUUAGUGGUAGGUGCUGAAUGUGUUCUGAUAUUCGAUUUUUAGAGCUUAAGGCAGUUUAUUGAUUUUAUUGGAUGGUGCACUGUUUGUUGUUUGUAUAUCUAUACUAAAAGCAAUUUAACAUAGUUUUGUCAGUGUGCAGGCAAUUGAACGAAGUCCUGUCAGUGUGCAGGCAAUUAAACAAAAUCCUGUCAGUGUGCAGGCAACUGAAAAAAGUCCUGCAGUUUGCAGGUAUCUGUACCAAGUGCUGUCAGUGUGCAGGCAAUUGAACGAAGUCCUGUCAGUGUGCAGGCAAUUGAACCAAGUCCUGUCAGUGUGCAGGCAACUGAAAAAAGUCUUGCAGUUUGCAGGUAUCUGUACCAAGUGCUGUCAGUGUGCAGGUAUCUGUACCAAGUGUUGUCAGUGUGCAGGUAUCUGUACCAAGUGCUGUCAGUGUGCAGGUAUCUGUACCAAGUGCUGUCAGUGUGCAGGUAUCUGUACCAAGUGCUGUCAGUGUGCAGUCAAUUAUCAAGUCCUGUCAGUGUGCAGGCAACUUAACAAAGUCCUGUCAGUGUGCAGGUAUGAGAAUCAAAUCCUGUCAGUGUGCAGGCAACUGUGACAAGUCCUGUCAGUGUGCAGGCAACUGAAAAAAGUCCUGCAGUUUGCAGGUAUCUGUACCAAGUGCUGUCAGUGUGCAGUCAAUCACCAAAUCCUGUCAGUGUGCAGGCAACUGUGACAAGUCCUGUCAGUGUGCAGGCAACUGUAACAAGUCCUGUCAGCGAUUAUCCAGGCAACAUGUUUGACCAGUAUGUUUUUCAAUAUUCUUUGAGAACAAAUAUCAAGCUAUAUUGAUUACAAAGGUUAAACUCUUUUACUCAGGUGAGCGAUUUAAGGCCAUUAUGGCCCUCUUGUUAGUUGUAGCAUGAUGCUGAAGCAGCAACUGAAUGCUAUUAUAAUUCCAUGAUGUUUAUGAUGGCAAUUUAUGAUGAAUUCUGAGUUCCAUCUUUCAGAACUCUUGAGAUUUUUUAAGUCUUUUUUCACCAAAUGUCACCCAAAAAUUAACUAAGUUCAAUUUUCCACCAACUGCCAUAUCAAAAAGUAACUGAGUCCAACUUGUUAACAAAAUGCCACAUGAAAAAAAAACUGAGUUAAAUUUUUCACCAAAUGCCACAUCCAGUUUGGUGGAAAUGUCAUGGCAGCUAGUGAAAUACUUUAUAUUCCACCAAGUGCCACCCAUUCUGUCACCAAAUGCCACUCAAAUCCAUGGCAAAUUUACGGAAGGGUGCGGUGUACGAUAACAGAUUUACACGUAUGGCCUCUUUGCAAAAAAUAGUUUGCCAUUCCUGUGUUCAGGGGGCAUUCAGUGUAAUUCCUGUGACAGCUCUUGUUAAAAUUUACCUUUAUUUUUAUUUUUGUUAUACAUGGAGAAAAUGUCAUUGUUGGUUUGUUUAUGUAUGACAGGCUUUGUUUACAUCUAUACCGUUGACGUUAUAUGUAAAUGCAGAUUCUGUAAGUUAUUGUACUAUUGUAACAUUUUUAAUGAAAGUGUAAAUAGCAGAGAGAUAAGAGGUAUGAUCAUCGAUGUGUUUAAAAAAGCAAUGUAACUUUCAGAAAUUAUAUAGCGGUCUGACGCACAUGGAAAUUUUUUAUUAAUGAUGUAUUAUUAGAUUUUAAUAUUCUAAUCCAAUACUUAAGCAUUCUUAUUUUUCGUUCAGUUAGCAUUGGGUGCCUGCCUAAUUCACCAUAUAACGCGGUUAGAUUCGUACUUUUCCUGACGUAUAAAACUUUUCUCAUAAAUUUGCAAUGAAUUAGCUCGAUGUCUUUUGCUGGAUGGUACCUAAUUAUUUCUGAACCAUAAUUAAGAAUUGGUCCAAUAAGACUGUCAAAAAGAUUUGUAUUUUUCUUUGAUAUUAAGGUUAAGUUGAUUAUAAACGAUAAACAAAUUGUGUAAGGCAUAAAGGGAAUGUUGUGCAAUGUGUUUUUGUGUCAUAUUUCAGUUUCCAUUCUUGAACAAGGUUAUACCCAAAUAUUUAAAUGAUUCAACUAUUUCUAGAUUUGUAUUAUUCAUGUCAAAGGUAAAGUUAGAUCUUCUGCCUUUUUCGAAUAUCAUAAUUUUAGUUUUUGAUGCAAUUACUUUGAGAUCCCAUAUCCAACAGUUGACCUGUAAAUCAUCGAGCAUUGAUUGUAAGGCCUGAUUCUUGAUAAACAUACCUAUUUUUUUACACAUAUAGUAUGUAUGUACUGUGCUGUUUGUGAAGUUUUGUGCUGUUCAUCUAUGUUUUUUGUCUGUGAUUUCAUGUUCUAUGUCUUUGGCGUUUGCCCAGAGCCACUAAACUGGGUUUAUGUUUAAACUUUUUGCUACUGAACUUGUUUCUGUAGCUAUUUGCAUAAAUACUGAGGAGUUUGAGCAAAACUAACAGCGUCAUCGGCAAAUAAAAGCAGAUAUAAUUUAACAUCGUUUAUGGUGCAAAGUCCUUCUAUAUUAUGAUUAAUAUUUGAUAAUAAAUCAAUAACGAAGAAUAAAAACAUCAAACUUGAACUGGGGUCUCCCUGUUUCACCCAAUAUUUGAUGUAAAGAAGGGAGAUAGUUUUGUUGUAUAUCGUAUACAUGCCUUGACGGUACUAUACAUCGCCUUGAUGGCCUUUACGAAACGGGUGCUUAUAUUUUCAGUUAAUAACUUAUAGAAUAGGUGAGAUCUUGUAAUUUUAUCAAAACACUUCUCAUAGUCAAUGAAACAACAAUACAGUUUCAUCAAGUGUUUCUGCAAAAAUUGAAUGUAAAAUAUACACGCAAUCAAUCGUAGACUUUCCUUUUUGAAAUCCAAAUUGAUUUUUAAUAAUUUUAUUAUUAAUACUGCUCCACAUUGUUAGUCUGUAAGUAUGCUAUACCACAUGUCAAUAGAAAGUGUACAUUUUGUAAUCUAAACGAUAUCGGUGACGAACUUCACUUUUUACUUAUAUGUCCUUUUUUAAUCCUAUCAGAAAAAAUACAUACAUUGUCGUUUUUACUCAAGACCUAAUGUCUUGAAUUUUAGUGAAGUUUUAAAUUUUAAGAACCCGGAUACCAUAAGGAAAACAGCAAUUUUUGAUAAAAUCUUAGUUAAUCACUUUAAACGAAUGUGAUUAUGUGUUCAAUAGAUCUAAUUCAAAUAAGUGAACUUGUUUUGUUAAAAAAAUAAUACUACAUGUAUUUGAACUAACCACAUUCCCCUUACUAAUUAUAUUUGUUUUGUAUAAUGAUGAAUUCCAAACCUGUUGAGAAGCCGCCAUUAACCCACCUCUUUAUACCUGUGUUAACACAUAUAUAUAUAUACAUGUAUUGAGUUUUCAA